CUUCCUCUUGCCUUUCUUCGCUUCUCGCCUGCCUGCCUCCUGCUCCUCCUCACUUGUUCCCGCUUUCAUUUCGCCUCCGCGCCUCCCCUUGCCCCUGUCAUCCCGCUCAUGUUUGCGGAACCUUGCCCCUGAUCUUCCGCUUCGUCACUAUUUGUCUCUCCCCCGCUACAACUCUCCUGCGAGUGAAGUGAAGUGAGGUGCAUGCAAGCACUGCAAUCGCCGGUGCGAUUCUUCCGCACUUUCGUCAACCCGCGCGCGUUGCCUUUGUUCCCGCUUGCGCGAGUUUAGUUUACUCUUCUACUGCUCUGUUCCUGUCUUUGCUGCUUUUGAGCCUUGGUGUCGCGGUGCCUCAGGACAGAAGAAGCAACGUGCUGCUUUGUCCUUCCUUGCGAGAGAAGAGCGUUUGGCAGACGAGGAAGAGGUUACUCACGGAAAGAUUUAUGCGGUGAAAGUCAGCGGGAGGACGCCUCAUAGCUAAUUGAUCACUGGCCGUAGUAAGGGAGGCAGCCAAGCUCUGUGAUUGUGCUAGUGGUUGCCAUACAUAGUGGUAUGGAGACACCAAUGGCAGUCGAAGUGAGAAUCCUGGACCCGGACUUGUUGCAGCUCCCUCAUGACUUACCCUCGCCUUCUGGUCAACCAGCUGAAAAGCUGCUUGAUGAUCUUUUCACACAAUGGCUCUCUCUACCCGACACUCAACGUGUGGUCAUGACUCUGCUUCAAGAAGCCCAUUCAGAGCCAUCCUCAGGAAAUCAAAACUGUUCUAAUCAAACUUCACAAACAUCAUUACUUCCAACGGUAUUCAAGGAAGGAAGUACUCCACCAUUGUCACCUCGCAAUUACCCACUUUCACCGAGGACGCAAAGGCGCUUGAGUGGACAUCCCCUCUCUGGCUCUCCUCUAAGGAAAAGCAGUGACCCUACUCGGGAAGUGAUUCCACAGUUCUAUUUCCCCAGAGGACUGCCUGCCUCAAAAGAAGUGUAUGCUGAAUGUGUGAAUCGGAUCAAUCAAAUAUUUUCCUCGUAUCCUGAUGGUCUCCCACUUUCUGCAUUCAUGCCAGUUACGAAGGAGAUUUGCAAGUUACCGUCUUUUUUUUCAAGCGCAUUGUUUAAGAAGCUCGACAUCAACAACACGGGUUUGGUCACAAAGGAAAGGAUGAUAGAGUACUGGAUUGAUCAGAACAUGCUAACAGCAGAUGAUGCCACAAAGAUCUUUUCAGUUUUAAAGCAGCAAGACAAAGACUAUCUUAUGCAGGAGGACUUUAGACCCAUAUUACGAGAGCUGUUACUUACGCAUCAUGGUUUAGAGUUCCUGCAUGAUACGCCUGAAUUCCAAGAUAGAUAUGCGGAAACAGUGAUAUUUAGAAUCUUCUAUCACUGCAACAAGGCUGGCAAUGGGCGCUUGCUGCUUCGAGAAAUCAAACGAAGCAAUUUAAUUGCUGCAUUGCAUCAAGUGGAUGAAGAGGAGGAAAUUAAUAAAGUCUUGAAGUAUUUUUCAUACGAACAUUUCUAUGUUAUUUAUUGCAAGUUUUGGGAAUUGGACUGUGAUCAUGACUUUUAUAUUGAUAAAGAUGAUUUAUUGCGAUAUGGUAACCAUGCACUCACAUACCGCAUUGUAGAACGCAUUUUUUCUCAGAUACCAAGAAGGUUCAAAAGCAAAGUUGAAGGAAAAAUGGGAUAUGAGGAUUUUGUGUGGUUUAUAUUAUCAGAAGAAGAUAAAACAUCUGAGACUAGCCUUGACUAUUGGUUCAAGUGUGUGGAUUUAGAUUGUGAUGGGGUGAUCACUGCAAAUGAAAUGCAUUAUUUUUAUGAGGAGCAAUUACAUCGAAUGGAAUGUAUGGCACAAGAAGCAAUUUUAUUUGAAGACAUUGUUUGUCAAAUGUGUGAUAUGAUCAAACCUAAGGAAAGGGAAGAUCCUACUUUAACUGAAUGGGAUCGAUUUGCACACACUGAGUACAUUCGAUUGUCUAUGGAAGAAGAUGGCGUCUAUUGAUUUUGGAAAUGGGGCUAUGAGCACCAACUUCUUCAUAUAGUUCAAAGUGGGUUCUUCAUUUUGCUUCUCAAGACUACAACUAUGCGUAAUUUUUUCAACUCAUUUGUAUAGACUAUCUACUCUUUUGUAUGUAUGAAUAUACAUGUUAAUGAAGAUUCAUGCACAAUGUUGUUUUAAGUUGAAAUAGAAUUAGUUAAUUCACAAGUAGUUACAUAGAACUUCCAUUUAAGUAGGAAGGAUUGGCAUGCAAUCUUCACACAAUUUACUUACAAUUGAUGGUCACAUGUAUGUUCAAACCAUGUUAAAAAAUAAAUCAAUAUUUAUGAUUUGUUUUUGAUUA